UGUGUCAAGGCGGGCGUGUUAUUGGUAUCCUUGGUUUUCCAAUGGCCGUGUGGCUUAAACAGAACUUGCAAAAUCGGAUUAGUUGCAAAUUGCGUGUUCUCAUGGCCUUCCUGUAGAGGAAUGUGUCAACUGAACAGUUCUUCAUGUCAUGGGUUUGCCAUAAUUAUGAAAACGUGACAAUUCAGCGUUUUCUUUUCAGAAAAACAGCUAACAAACGUAGCUGAACCGGGCCACACAGGCUAACGGACCAAGAAUUGGCGUCAGGAUGACCGGGCGGAGGGAAAGAAGCCGGGCACGGGAUUGUCCCGAACGUUGUUCGUGCAGCAAAGGUGGAGGUGGUGACAGAGAAACUCAGCCCACGCAUGCGCGAGCCCGGUCGCGGUUUUGCGCACGCGUGAGGGGCAGUGCUGCGGUUUUCUGUCCUGCCGCUAGAAGAAAGGGUUCUGGAGUUAAGUUUGCUAGAGGCUCAUCUGUCAUGAGGCAGUAUCCCAGGCGAGGCCAGCACAGUGAGAAGCCUUUCUCCAUCAGCUUUAUGUCCCUGGACAGAAUGCCCUCUGAAAUCUUGCUGAAUAUAUUUUCUUACUUGGAUGUGGUGACCUUGCUGAACAUUGGAUGUGUGAACAGACGCUUUUAUCAUUUGGCCAAUGACAAUCUUAUUUGGGUCAAGAUCUACUCAGCUGCAUUUACAUCAAAACGAUCACAUUGGAAAGUGACUUCAGUGGAGGAAACAGCCACGUGUGUGAGCUUACUGUCAGUUGAGGAUAAAGAAGUUGGAUACUGGAAGAAACAAUAUAUUACAAAGCAGAUCUCAUCUGUGAAAGCAGCCCUCACCCACAUUGUCAAGCCUGUCAACCCCUACACAGGUCUUCCUGUGAAGACCAAAGAGGCCCUCAGAAUAUCUGGCUUAGGUUGGGCAAUUAUCUUAAGAGAGAAAGAUGGAAAAGAACACAUCAUGAAGCAUGCUGACCUUUCCUUAAAUGAUACAUCUGUCACUGUUGUGUGGCAUGGCAAAUAUUGGCCACAUUUAGCCACAUUGUCCACCCUGGAUUUGUAUGGUGUGACACCACUUUUUAUGGACCCUGACCCAAAUGGUCCACGAUGGCUGUCUUUAAUUGGAAAGUAUGAUCUGAGUAAUUUGAGCACGUCUACUAUGGUUGGCUGUGACAGACUUGUUCGGAUAUUCUGCCUAAAUCCCGGCCUCCUGGUGGGGCUGUGGCAGAAGGAGGAUGGACUAGCUUUUGUCAUGGCAAAUCUUCAUUUCCAUCAGCUUGUGGAGAGGAGCACACUGGGCUCAGCCACUCUUCCCUAUGCGCCACCUCCCCACAGUCCGUUUGUGGACGACAGCCCGGAAUAUGGACUGCAAGGCUAUCAGCUGCACAUUGACAUGCAUGGCGGUGGGAUUUUCUACCUGUGUAGCACCUUCCGCAAUCUCUUCUCCAGGAGAGGGUACAUUGAAAAUGGAUAUGUGAAGUUCGAGGUGAUAUGUUUAAAAAAUAACAGAGAACACCUACCUCUUAUUGGAAAAGUUGGCCUUGCAUGGAGAACUAAUGUUUUUGAUGGCUUUAUUGAGAGUUGCUCUGUAGUGGAUGUGACUCUUCUGGAUGAGCACAAGAAGCCGUUUUGGUGUGUGAGUUCUCCAGUGUGCAUGAAAUCCGCUGCCUACUCCUCUGAUGGUCCUAAUUUCCUGGGACACACUUACUAUGUCGACUACAUGGACACAGAAGGAGGACUGCACGCAGAGCUAGUGUGGAUCGAAGAGACCGAAGAAUACUUCAUUGUCAGCCUGGCCAUUUACCUCAGUGUAGCAAAAAUAAACCAUUGGUUUGGGACAAAAUACUGAGUUUUAGCAGUAGGGAGCAAAGUCUUGUUAUUAGUAAGCUGUUUUUUACAACUUUGUUUUUAUUGAAAGUUAAAAUAAAGCAUAUUCAUGGU